GUUAAAGGGAAGUCAGUUCCGCUGUGGUUGUUACUUCAUGGUUGUGAUUCCUCUCGGUAGGUGAACUCCUGUAGCUUCAGUCCGGAGCAGCUUAGUGUUGAAGCUGUGCUCUGGGCAGCCUGGCUGCCUCCCUGCCUCCAGAUGAAUGAAGAACGCUCCGGGACACAGAGACACAGCUGAUACAGGGCAUGAAGGUGUUUCUGCAAAUAUGAUGAAGAAGAAGAAUCCUCACAAGAAACAUAAGAGCAGUCUGGGUCCGACCACCAAAGUUCUGUCGCAGCCUCGACGCAACAUCGUCGGCUGCAGGAUCCAACACGUGUGGAAGGAGGGAGGAGGUCAUGUGGUCUGGAAAGGAACGGUGCUGGACCAGGUGCCAGUGAACCCGUCUCUCUACCUGAUCAAGUACGAUGGUUUCGACUGCGUUUAUGGUCUGGAGCUUCAUAAGGACGAGAGGGUCCAGGGGCUGGAGGUGCUCCCUGACCGACUGGCUAAAUCCCGUCUGACAGACGUCAGCCUGGCAGACGCCAUGAUAGGGAAAGCGGUGGAGCACAUGUUUGAGACAGAGGAGGGUCCGAAGGAGGAGUGGCGGGGGAUGGUUCUGGCCCGAGCUCCCAUCAUGACCACCUGGUUCUACAUCACCUACGAGAAGGACCCCGUCCUCUACAUGUAUCAGCUGCUGGACGAUUAUAAAGAAGGAGAUCUCCGCAUCAUGCCCGACUCCAACGACAGCGUCCCGACGGAGAGGGAACCCGGGGAGGUGGUGGACAGCCUGGUGGGUAAACAGGUCGAGUACGCCAAAGAAGAUGGCGGCAAGCGAACCGGCAUGGUCAUUCACCAGGUGGAGGCCAAACCCUCCGUGUACUUCAUCAAGUUUGACGACGACUUUCUCAUUUACGUCUACGACCUGGUCAAAACUUCGUAAAAACGUGACGUGGACGUCCUGAGCUCCUCCGGAAACAAAACAGUUUGAAACACCUGAGACGUCCAAUCCAGUGUUUGACCAUCAAACACAAAAAUAAAAAACUUGCUGCAGAAGAACACAGGACAGAUGCUCAGUGAAGAUGAUUCUUCAUCUGCGACCUUCUUUGACUCUUAAAAUAAAGAAAUAAAUUGGCCGUGGAUUUACGUUACUUUUACAAAGUCUUAAACUUUCAGACGCCUUUUGACAGAAGGAAAUUUGUCCGGAAAUUCAGUUUAUAUGCAGUAUUUCAGUCGAGGACGAGGGAGACAACUUCAAAUCUAUUUCAUCCCCAGGACGUGUUCACACCUGAAGAAACCAAACCUUAAAAGAAUCACUUUUAGUGUCUGGUUUCCUCCAGUGAGCUGCUGCAGAGGAACAGCUUUGGCCUUGGUGACGUGUGAUUCAACUAAUGAUCAGAACACAUGGAAGAGUUUGAGUCUGUGCUGAACAAAGAAACAAGUCGAUCUCUGGAGAAAUGUCUCGAGCUGCAGAAAAGAAAACAGGAACAUGUUUCCUCCAUCGUGGCUCCAGAAACACGAGCAGACUCCCAGCGAGGGAGAAAAGUCUGGAGGUGAAAGAAAGAAAAACGAGAAGGAGGCGAAUUCUUGGUCCAUGAAACAAAAAGUCAAAAUCAGCGGAGAACGAGCUUCUGUUUGUGUUCGGACAUUUUAAGACAGAAGCAAACGAUCCAACCGAGCGUCGUGGAUGAUUUCUAAAAUCUCAUCGCAUCCAGGAAGAACAGAAACUGGACUGAAGACCAGUUCUGUCAUGAGAAGAAAUAAAAACCAGAAAAAUACUCACGUUGAGUCAAAACGACUGAGUAAUAAUUAAAAUAAUUAAAAUAAGUAAUUAACAAUAAACCAUCGUUAACCAACCCGGACGCUCUCUGAAAGAAGAGUCAGUGAAAAGAUGGAAAACAAAUAUUUCCACUGGAGUUUGACCUGAGUGGGAUUCUAUAGUUUUUCUAUUGUACAGAGCUUCAUCACAUAUCGUGCUUCUUCUCCAGGCUCCAUUUCACCGACAUGAUGAAGGUCAGCAGAUCCUCCUCUGAUCUGCCGACACGGAACUUUUCUUUCUGCUUUCAUCUUCGCCAAAACUCUGUCGUGAAGUCGUUUGAUGUUAAAGACGAUCGGACUUUCUUGUGAUUUCACUGAAGCCUUUGGAUUGUGUUGUCUUUUUCUAAAUCGUCGGUGAACGCCUGAAAAGGAUGGAGAGACAAAAACCGAAACUUUGGCCGACGCCUCGUCUGUCCUCCGUUUGUUUCAGCGUUUGGAUAAAUCUGCAUUUCGGUGGGUUCCUCUUCGUCUGACGUCCGAACGGAUCUCAGGAGCUGAGAACGCGGUUCAAUGCACUUUAAUAGAACUUUGCCCGGACAGUUCACGACUGUGUUGGACUUUUGAUGUCGCUGGAAUUUACCAGAAAAACUUAUCUGCUGUUAAGUUUUCAGUUUCGAAGCCUGUGAUGCAGUUUGCUACGUGUCGGUCGAAAAGAGAAUAUUACUGAAACAAAAGAAUCAGAUUGUUUUGACCUUGUGAGCAGAUCCAACCACCUCCCGCUCGUCAGACGUCGGAGAAGAGCGAGUCUGUUCCGCAGCACGUCAGAGGAAACAGUCGCUCGUGUUUCCUAAAUGAAGAGAUUAAGAUGAAGUGAAGGUUUAAAUGUACUUUUUAUUUUGGUUUACUCAAGACUCAAGGUUUUUCAUAAACGUGUCCUGUUCUGAUUUUUGAACUGAGCAGAACGUGAGAGUCUAGUUUUGACUGGACAGCGUUUGUUCAAAUCAGAAAUCAAGUUUCCAUUUUUUGGGUCGGCCGGCUGCACAUUUAAAAAUAAAACUUUAUCAACGGGAGCUGAUUACCCCCGAAACAUUUUUACAUUAGAAUAAAAACGACACCAGUAAAGACCAGUGACUGUAAAUAAAGAUGGACGACACGUCUCCAGGAUACGAACGCUGCCAUCUUGUACUGGUGACGUUAUUUGAAGGUCCCGUCCAUACAACUGCUCGACCAAUCAGUAGGCAGGCUCAGCUGUCAAUCACAUGGUUUUAAUUAGUUAUUUGAUGAUAUUAAGGCUGAGACCGACUUCUGAUUGGUCGAGUGCAUGUAUGGGCGGGACCUUUAUACUACAGCUCUACUUCCUGAUCACUUCAAGAUGGCCGCGGUGGCAUCCAGGAGAUUUUGGCUUCAUUUCCAUCUUUAUUCACACUCGAUGUUUUCAACCAAUCAGACGCCUCAGAACAGCUGUUCCUGUAAAGCCUUCAGUCUUCGUGCUUCCUGUGAUGUAGUUAGUUGCUGAGGCAGAUUCCAGCUCUUAUUAUAACCGCACUAAAAAAAAGACGGACUCUCUGAGAUCUGUCGGUUUCUGCACUUGCGUCUGUUUUUCCUUUCAAGAGAAUUUUGACUGUGAUCAUCUCAACAGGUUCGAUUCUCAGCGACAAGUCGCUACGAAGCCUCGACUCACAGCGAGGUUACGUCCGGUUCAUUUUACUGUUCAAACUCAAAACGGUUAUUGUUGUUGAUGUGGGAACGACCUCGGCCUUCUGUCGUCCUUCUGCCUUGUACUGUUUGUUUUUGUAUGUUUUAAAAUGUAUGUUAAUAAUUUUUAAUGUUAAUGGGAAACCUGACGUGCUGCGUUUUCUUUCCACCGGCGUCACAAGUUUUUCUUCUGCUCGGUUGACAUCAGAAAGCAGGAGGCGUUAGUGCUCUGCUCAAAGGCACUGGGGCAGCAUGCAGCGGUUGUGUAUGGAGAUAAACAAAGCUCGUCCUGCUUCUCUGAACCUUGGAGACGUGCAGAGACACGACUGCUGCACAAAGACUGUUUGACAUUUUAAAGGAGACACAGUUAAAAUAAUCUUGUCUCUCAUCAGACUGAAAAUUAAAACUAGAGUGAACGAUGUGAGGAGUCUCAGGAUGAGUCUGCAGGAACAUUUCUCACUUUUAUAAACUUUAAAAUAUAUAAUAACCUUCACAUCAUAAUUAACUUCUGGUCUGUUUUAAAUCAAGUGUUUUUAUUAUGAACUCUGGUGACAGACCUGUUGUCCUGGACGCUCGAGUGUAAGACUGACACUUUACAGGAAAGACAAAGAACAUAACGUCCACGGGUGUAGUUACAGUGGGACUUUAAUGCCUCAGCACAAAACAAAUGAAAUGAGAGACAAAUAAAUAAUCUUAAGUAAAAGCAGGAAGCUUUAAACAGUGAGCAGUGGAAGAGACGGAGCAGAAACCACAGACGUGAUAAAGAUCUCAACUGUGACUCAGCUGUGACUUUGGUUCACACACAAACGUCUGGAACUUGUUUCUCUUUUCAUCUUUACGUUGAUGUUUUCAUCGUCGUCCUCAGAGUCAGAUGAACUCUUCACCUCUUUCCUGCAACUUAUAAUUUAUCCACCACCUCUCUAUCUCUUAUGUUUCUCUCCAUGUCAAUAAGCAAAUUAAAAUGUAAACCAGAAACGUUCUUACUCCUGAUGGAACCAGGCAAACAGCUCCCCCUGCCUGCAGUCGUCUGUAAUACAUGACGCUAAAUACAUCCAGGUCCAAUUCCGUCUCGUCUGAAUUCAACCAAAAUGUCACUGUUCUU